AUGUCUCUUCAGGCUCCCCGUCCUUCGCUCCACCGGCUCUCGUCGACCGGCAGCUUCAUCGAGGAGAUCACGGCCGCUCGCAAGGAGCUCGAGGCCAUGUCCAUGAGCAGCCCCGACUCUUCUCUGCCAUCCUCCGGCGAGAUCUCUCUCAAUGGCAGCCCCGCCAUCGGCAGCCCGGCGAGCGCCCUAUCUCCCAUGACCCCCACCCUCCACGCUCCCGUCGCCGACGGCUUCGCAUUUGCCUUUGACAUUGACGGCGUGCUCAUCCGUGGCGGUCGCGCCAUCCCUGAGGCUGUCGAGGCUAUGCGGUUUCUCAACGGCGAGAACGAGUACGGUCUGAGGAUUCCAUACAUCUUCCUGACCAACGGUGGCGGUAAGACUGAGGAGGAGCGUUGCCGCGACCUUUCCGCACAGAUGGAGAUGGAAGUGUCUCCCGCGCAGUUCAUUUGUGGCCACACCCCCAUGCGGGAAAAGGCCGAACGCUACAAGACUGUCCUCGUUGUCGGUGGUGAGGGCGAGAAGUGCCGACAGGUGGCUGAGGGCUACGGUUUCCGCGACGUUAUCACCCCCGGUGACAUUAUCAAGCACAACAGCGCGACAACACCUUUCCGCAAGCUCACCGAGGAGGAGCACAAGAACUCGCGCGAGCGUGAUUUCUCCGAUGUCCCCAUUGAGGCGAUCUUUGUCUUUGCCGACUCCCGCGACUGGGCUGGCGACAUUCAGAUCAUGCUCGACCUUGCCAUGUCCAAGGGCGGCAAGCUUGGCACUCUCAGCGAGACUUUCGAUGAGGGCCCCCCCAUCUUCUUCUCUCACAACGAUGUCGUGUGGUCAGCAGCUCACGACAACGUUCGACUCGGCAUGGGUGCUCUGCGCCGCAUGCUCGAGGUCAUCUUCAAGGACGUCACCAAGAAGAAGGGCACCCUUCACACCCAUGCCUUUGGCAAGCCCCAGGUCAGCACCUUUGAGUUCGCGACGCGUCUUCUCCAGCAGUGGCGUCGCCACCAGCACGGCUUCAACGCGCCUCCCGACACUGUCUACUUUGUCGGCGACACCCCCGAGAGCGACAUUCGCGGCACCAACACAUACAACGAGCACGCGGACAACGACUGGCACAGCAUCCUCGUCAAGACGGGCGUGUACCAGGACGGCACCGAGCCCGCGUACAAGCCCCGCGCCACCGUCGACACGGUUCUUGACGCCGUCAAGUACGGCCUGCAGUGCGAGCUGCGCAAGCGCGUCGUCAAGGGCCUCCGCAAGGACGUCUUUGGCGAGCAGGCGUGCCUCGAGGCCCUCCUUGGCAAGGACAGCGCUGUGCUGACGCCCCUCGAGGAGCGUGAGAUGCCCAUCCUGGCUUAA